AUAUUCUUAUUUUAUAUCUUACUCAAGAACUUUUGUAUAGCGAAAACACGGGAACAAAUAUAUAUCAUGCAUUCUCUAUGACUACUUUUUUUCUUACCUUAUUUGGUGCAAUAUUGGCUGACACUUUUUUAGGAAAAUUCAGAACGAUAUUAUACGGGUUCAUUUUUGAUGUAAUUGGAUGCAUAGUCAUUUCUUUGUCUUCUGUGCCAAAUUUUCUACCAAUGAGAUCUCUUACUAUAAUUAGUUUAGUUGUGAUAGCCUUUGGAAUAGGAGGAACGAGACCCUGCAUACCAUCUUUCGGAGGAGAUCAGUUUAAAACAAAUCAGAUAACAGAAUUAAGAAGGUUUUUCUCUUUUUACGUUAUAAGCUGUAGAAUGGGAAUGUUAACUUCGUCUUUUUUAAUUCCUUUCUUAAGAGAAACUCCGUUACUUCGAUUCAAAAAACCAGUUUUAGAAAAG